UUCUAUAGAAUAUUAUCCCACCAAUAUUAUCAUCACAAUCACUUUGCUCUACUAUAUGCAAAUCGGCAACCUUUCUCUGCAACUGAUCCUGACCAGAUUCUUGACCCAACAGGCCAAUUGACUUACACGGGUCUUGAAUUUUCAAUCGGACCCACUUGUCCCGGUUUUCACUUUGCCAUUGUUGAGUAGAGCUUGUAAAGAUGGAGUGCAGGGGCCUAAAUACGAGGGCUCGUUGCUCUAAUUCGACUCCAUCAGAGGAGUCAGCUUUGGAUACGGAGAGAAAUUGCUGCAGUCAUCGUAGUCUGCCUUCAUUAAGUCCGCGAACUCUUCAACCGUUUGCUUCUUCUGGACAGCACUGUGAGAGCAGUGCUGCGUACUUCUCGUGGCCUUGUUGGCGACUAAAUGAUGCAGCUGAAGAGAGGGCGAACUAUUUUGCAAAUCUGCAGAAAGGGGUUUUACCUGAAACUCUUGGUCAGUUGCCAAAGGGGCAACGCGCAACCACAUUGCUGGAGCUUAUGACUAUUCGAGCAUUCCAUAGCAAGAUUUUGCGGUGCUAUAGUCUUGGCACAGCUAUUGGAUUUCGUAUUCAACGCGGUGUGCUGACAGAUGUACCAGCCAUUCUUGUCUUUGUUUCCAGGAAAGUUCACAAGCAGUGGCUCAACCCUAUUCAGUGUCUACCCAAUGCUCUUGAGGGACCAGGAGGAGUAUGGUGUGCUGUUGAUGUGGUUGAGUUCUCAUAUUUCGGUGCACCUGAGCCAACUCCUAAGGAACAGUUAUACACUGAGAUUGUGGAUGAUUUACGCGGGGGUGGUCUGUGUAUUGGUUCAGGUUCUCAGGUGGCAAGUCAGGAGACCUAUGGAACCUUGGGUGCUAUUGUAAGGAGUCAGACUGGCACUCGACAAGUUGGAUUUCUAACAAACCGGCAUGUUGCAGUUGACUUGGAUUACCCAAAUCAAAAGAUGUUUCAUCCUUUACCCCCUAAUCUUGGACCUGGGGUAUAUCUCGGUGCAGUAGAGAGGGCUACUUCAUUCAUCACAGAUGAUCUUUGGUAUGGCAUCUUUGCCGGAAUAAAUCCUGAGACAUUUGUGAGAGCAGAUGGUGCAUUCAUCCCAUUUUCCGAUGAUUUUGAUGUGUCCACAGUUAGCACAUCUGUAAAAGGGGUAGGAGAGAUCGGUGAUGUCAAGAACAUUGAUUUGCAGUGUGCAAUCAGUAGCCUUAUUGGGAAGCAGGUGACGAAGGUCGGACGAAGUUCUGGCUUCACCACGGGAACUGUGUUGGCCUAUGGCCUUGAGUACAACGACGAGAAAGGCAUUUGCUUCUUAACUGAUUUUCUUGUUGUGGGUGAGAAUCAACAGACUUUUGACCUUGAAGGAGACAGCGGAAGCCUCAUCAUAAUGAAGGGCGAGAAUGGUGAGAAACCGAGGCCAAUUGGUAUUAUAUGGGGUGGUACUGCUAAUCGUGGUCGACUUAAGCUGAAAAUUGGCCAGCCUCCUGAAAACUGGACUAGUGGAGUUGAUCUUGGACGUCUUCUCAAUCUUCUCGACCUUGAUCUCAUCACUACUGAUGAAGGGCUCAAAGUGGCUAUACAAGAACAAAUAGCUGCAUCUGCAACAGCAUUUGGCUCCACUGUAGGAGACUCCUCAUCUUUAGAUGGAGUGCUUUCAAAAGACAAAGUUGAAGAGUCGCUAGGUAUUCAAAUUGAGCAUAUCCCAUUGCCUGUCGACCAUAAUCACUCGGAAACAAACCCGUCAUUAGUGGAAACAGAUUUUCUUUUGGAAGAUAGGGUCAAGGUGGCUCCUAGUGUCGAACAUUUAUUUAUCCCGAGCUCUGAAAGACAGUCCCCACUGCACAAAAGCAACUUAUCUGAUAAAGGUGCCUCGGAGAAUCUCGCUUCUCUACGAAAUGGCUGUGAUGAAGAUUUGUGUGUUUCACUGCACUUGGGUGACAAGGAAGCUAAAAGAAGGCGGUCCGAAUCCGAUGCUUCAGCUAGUAUUGAAUAAACAAAAUGAGAGGAUCGAUGAUGCUAAUUCCAGGAAACUCUUCUUGAACUGUGUGUUGUAUGAGGUAUUUUCAGUUCAAGCUAAUGAGUAGUGACCUCAAGUUUUUAGAUUUUUCACAGUUAACAAAUAACGACAUCAUGAUUUCUGGUUAAUGUUGAGUUUGCCUUGCUUUUUGGCCUGAUUUUUACUUGAAUUCAAGGGACAAGAAGUCUAAUUCUGUA